AUGGGGGGCCUGGUGAUCCCCGGAUUGGACUUCAAAGCCGAUGUCGAAGCCCUCGAUCGCUUGCUCUCCGAAUCCUGCACCUUCACCCCGGUGAUCGUCGCCUCGUUUCUAGAGAAUUUCCAGAACCUGGAAUACGAUGAGAUUUUCGGAGAAUCCCUACUCCAUACAGACGCGGAGGGGAUUCUCACCUACCGGAUUCCCCUCUGGGGCGGAAGGGAUGAGGUGCCCUCAGUUAGCGUGGCUGACGAUCUGGGUGACAUCGUACACGGUGUCUCUCUUAAACCCGACGCGGCCAGAGAUAAGAUCCCCCCCUUCGGCGCCGUCGUGAUGAAGUUCGUCCGCGUCACCGACCGCCUGGCCCGCUACCUCCCAUACCCUAAGACGGACGACUAUCCCACUCACGGACUCCCUUUUGUCGAGCAGGACCGCGACAUCUUCAAGUUCAUCCAACGUCGCGAUGGGGAGCACUUUGCCACCGGUAUCACUGAGGUGCAUUCCGCCGCUGAGCUGAAGCGAGCCGCCUUCCGUGCCAAACCAGGAGGAAGUGAGACAGGGUGUGAAUCACUGCGCUCCAUCGAGGAGUGGCUUCAGAAGGUGUUUGGCGAUGUUGGCAGGGAGACGAAUUAGAGCAGCGGUGGGAGCGCCAG